AUGUAUAGGUUAAACUCACAUUUUUCGAAUUUAGGACGAUUUGACUUAAACUGGUUUACUGUUUGCUGUUCGUCGUGUGCUUGGAAAUGGUCACCACAUUCCAUCUGCUCCAUCUUACAAAGUGGUUUCUGGCCAGGCAGUCCUAUGAAUGUGAAUACAUUCUACGAUCAGAAACUGUUCUCCCUUUGGGAUGCGUUCAGAAAACAAAUGCCAGGCUCCUCUCAAACAGCAUUUCUACGUAGUUUAGAAGACCUGUCUCAUUCAAAGAACAGGGUAAUAUGUUAAUUUUGUACAGUAUUGUUCUACUGUACUGCCAAGCUUUUAGCCAAAUUAUUUUUUUAUUAACCUUUAAUAUGUUAAAUUGUUGAAGUUCUCAUUAUAUCUGUCGUGUGUAGUUGGAUUAUUUUUUCUCUGUUAAGAAAGCAGUUUUUGAAAAAAGUGAAGACAACUACAUGUAACUCAGAUUACAAUGCUGACACAAUCUCAAUUGUGAUUGCUAAGAACCUACAGACAAUUCUCAAUGUCUUGUCACCUACAAUGACAGUGAAAAUUGUCUCUAGGCAUGAAUGCAUGGCUUUCCUACAAAACUGUCAAAAGGCUUCCACAUUUUUAAUUGUUUAGUAAAACAAUUAUUUAAUUCGGCUUUUGAAUGAUAUCAAGAAUUAUCCAAGUUGCCUUGGUCAAUGUUAUCCAAUAAUUCAUAUAACAUUGACCUCAGUCUGGAUAAUUCUUGAUAUUAUGCUCAGUCUCAUCCAAUAAUUGUUAAUUACAAGCCCAUGCAUUUACAUUUCCCGAAAUAUUUCAUUAUAUUAUUAUAUAUACUGUGUAACUGUAAUGUUUUUAACUACUUUACAGGUAAAUGUUAUAAAUGCAUCAACUUUUAGAAAAGCUUUUGCAGAGUGGUGCUAUUGCCAGUUUGAACUGGAUUCUUUACAGCAUCAGGACUGGCAGAAGUGUCCACCUUGCAGCGUUGACCAACACUCUUGUCAUGUUGAUGGCAACCAUAAGGUUUACCGAUUCAAGAAGGUAUCAAGGUGAACAACAUUAGUUUCUAAUUAUGUAGUUGGCAUUAUUAAUUAUGUUCUUUUAAAUUGUGCAUGGUAUUCAUAGUAAUUAAUAUAAAGCUAUGCGUCCAAUAGACGUGAAAUGGUAAUUACAGUAUAAAGUAUGCAUGAGCAGCUGAUCUUUGUCUAAUUUACAAGGCAAGCUGAAGGCGAUCAGUUCUAAGUCAGAUAAAGACUGGAUGCAAAUGCUUUAUAGUGCUUAAAAUACGAAUACACUUAAUUUUUGCAAACAGUGAAUAAACAUUUAUAUUGAAUUUUCUUCAUCUAUUAAACUAACCAGUGUUUUUAAUAAACGGUUACUGUACAGGUAUAUACUGUAAACAUCAUUCCACACAAUGCGCGUCAGCCAUGGGUCUAUUGUGGGCACCAGCCAGCGUGGUGUGUCCCAAUAGAUUGGUUGUAACCCAAGGAUAGUAAAUAUAUAUUGAACUACAGUGUCAUGUAAUACAAUUGCAUCCAAUUAAUGCAAUAUAAUUAUUUAAUACAUUUGCUUUACUUUUAGGGGCAGUAAUCCUUCUUAUUACUGUGACUAUCUGAUUUUUGACAAUGCCAAGGUAGAUUCACACAUCAUAAGUUUGUCUCAAACUGCAAACAAGAAUGAAGUGCAAGUAAGAAAUUUCAUUUGUUAUUAGUAAGGUUAAGGUUAGUUAGUCCAACAACUACUCUUAGGUAAAAUAAAACUAGUAGAUUAAUUGGGAAUACUUUUCUGUUUAGAAGGGAAACAAUGCUUGCGGUGACACACACUGGAAGGCGGCCAAAGCUGUUUCAAAAUCGAAGAAGAACCAAGAUGAAACUG